AUUCCUAUUUUGCCCUCCUCUCUCUCUCCCUCCCUCUCUCUCUCUCUCUUCUCCUCGUUCGCUAACAACUCCUUGAUCCAUCCCUCCAUUCGUGGACCUCAUCAUCGUCAUCGUCGUCGUCGUCGUCGUCGUCAUCAUCGUCGUCGUCGUCGUCUCGCGUUCGAUCGCCCUUCAGUUCUUCGGGACGAAUCCCGAUCGAUUGAGGGUUUCUGGGAAUUAGGGUUUGUUGGGAGAUCGCUUGGCGGAUUGAGGCGGGAUCUCUCGACUGAUCUUAUCAAUUUGGGGCUGAUCCGGGCUUGAUUGUGUCUAGGAAGGAUGGAUUGGAGGGUUUGAGUGGGAGAUUAUAGAGGUUGUUGGAAGGAAGAGUGGGAGAUUGACUAAUCAUGGGAGGUAGUGAGACCGAUUCUCCGGCCAAGGCUCCGAAGAACUCUUCGGCUCAGGAACAACAACCGGUCACUACCUCUGCGUCGGUCGCCCCUGUAUACCCUGACUGGUCUAGUUUUCAGGCGUACUCGCCGAUCCCACCAGGGUUCUUUCACUCACCCGUAGCAUCGAGUCCCCAGGCUCAUCCUUACAUGUGGGGAGCUCAGCACAUGAUGCCCCCUUAUGGAACACCAACACCGUAUGUCAUGUAUCCUCCAGGAGGGCUGUAUGCUCAUCCUUCAAUGCCUCCGGGAACACAUCCAUUCAGCCCUUAUGCCAUGCCUCCUUCAAAUGGAAAUGCUGAUGUUCCUGGAACCACUCCUGGCAGUUCAGAUGGAAAAUCUUCUGAAGGCAAGGAAAAAAGCCCCCUGAAAAGAUCCAAAGGGAGUUUAGGAAGCUUGAAUAUGAUUACAGGAAAGAACAAUAAUGACCCUGGUAAAACAUCUGGAGUAUCAGCAAAUGGAGUCUUCUCUCAAAGUGGUGAAAGUGGAAGUGACAGUUCAAGUGAAGGAAGCGACGCCAACUCUCAGAAUGAUUCGCAGCCAAAGACAGGAGGCGGAGAGGAGUCCUUUGAUGUAGAAAACCCCCAGAGUGGAAACCGUGCACAUGGUUCUCAGAAUGGCGUGACCCGUUCGCCAUCACAAGGGAUGUUGAAUCAAACUAUGCCUAUGAUGCCGAUGCCGGUAGGGGGACCCACUACUAACUUAAAUAUCGGCAUGGAUUACUGGGGUCCUCCAACUUCAGCGGCUCUUCCUCUUAUACGUGGCAAGGUACCGACCACUGCUGUCGGAGGAGCUGUGGUUCCAGCUGAGCAUUUGAUUCAGGAUGAAAGAGAAUUGAAAAGGCAGAGAAGAAAGCAAUCCAACAGGGAAUCUGCUCGUAGAUCAAGAUUGCGCAAGCAGGCUGAAUGUGAGGAGCUUGCUCAACGUGCUGACUCUUUAAAGGAGGAAAAUGCUUCCCUUAGAGCGGAGUUAAGCCGGCUUCGGAAGGAGUAUGAUGAACUUCUUUCUCAGAACACCUCUCUUAAGGAAAAAUUGGGGGAGAUGGGAGGAAGAAAAACUGAUGAUCCGAGAGUCGACAGAAACGAACAAAAUUCUGGUUAUAAUAACCAUAAAGAACUCUCUGAAUCUGAUGCCCAAAUUGGGAAAGCAAGCCAACCUUAAGCAGUCUCUGUCACCAUCAUGACCCUAACUAAACUAUUGGCACAUCCAGACUUAUGCGAUGCAGAAUAUUGAUAAUUAUUAUUUGCUACAGUUAAUUAUUACUAGGUAGCUAUGUGUGUCGAUACUGACCUUUCUAGAGUGGUCCUGUUUUAACAUGUCUUGGCUUAUCUUUUAACAGUCAAGCUCAAGCAGGAAGCGUAGUGCCGUGUCCUGAUUUUAUGUUAUUAUUUUCUCAUCUUAACUACUUGUAUGCUGUGACAGAUUGAUGCUUUCUAUACCCUAUGGGAAACUAAGUUAUUGUUAGUAUAGUACUUUUUAUGUCAAUGACUUGUGAUGUCUGAAUUAUCUAUUAUAUAGUGUUGCGCUUCUGCUUGACAAAGGGCUAUAAAUCAUUUUCCCUUUCUUGGUUUUUCAAGGGCUAAUCAUGUAGAACUUUGAUUUUAUGUUGGUUUUCUUUUUUUCCAUGUUGGAAGUAUUCUUUUGUCGGAUAUAAAUAUCUUCAUCUUUAGAUAUAAGUUAUUAGUUGCAGUUUUAAUUUCUUGGUAGCAUCCUGAAUGAGACAAUGGAUGAACAUUGUGCUGUACCAAACUUGCUUGAAUUAUUCGCUUUCCGAUGGGUAGGUUAAUCUGUGCUCUCUGAAUUCGGAUGUGUUUCGAUGAUGGUGAUAUUUCUUGUAGACAAUACGAGGAAUACAUGGACUUUAAAGCCAGUAAUUAUUUCUGAAAUUGGUGUGGUGGCUACUGCUCUUCAGAGAACGCAGGCGGAGUUAAUGAAACCCAUCAUCGAGACUUCCUGAAAGAAUUUGUCAGAUUGAACCUCAGAUUGAAAGAAGUUGACUUCUGAGUCCCCAUGUCAGAUUCUUCCGGCGGUGGACUUACAGAAGGACUCAUUAUUGGUGAAGCUGCUAAAAGCGGUGGUGGAGAUUCAACAUGAGACGACAAAGGCCCAGGUGCUGCAGGUGGAGGAGCUGCAUGGGAGCAACUGAUCGGAGUUCCCCUCUUCGAAACUUCUCUCUUUAGAACUCCAUUUAUCCCAUGGCACCUGAACGAAUCUCCGGCAAUGCAAAUAUUAGGGCUCACAAGCUGAAUGUUAUUGACGUAAAAUCUUUUCCUCCCUUUGUUAGUUACUCUUAUCAUGUACUCGGGCUCGUACGCGGGAAUCAGGGUUCCAUUUGGGAGGCGUUUCAAGUCCUCGAAGAACAAAGGUGCGGGGAUCGAAUGCCUCAACAAGAACUCUAGCACUUGCUUCUCCGGAAUCAGGGUUUUCGACAGCAUGCGGUCGCUCGGCAUCAGGAAAGUUGUGUUUGCCCUAACUUUGUCCUGCACCAUGUUGAUCAAGGUGACGAAAGUGAAGUAGUUUGCACGCUGCAUCUCCCGCUCUGCGAUAAUAAUGUCUUUGUUCGUCUCCGCGGACUCGUUGUCGGUGGCCGAGGAUGGCGAUAGUAAGAACGCCAUCAAUAGCGCCGCGCUCAGGUAAGAGGCCAUGGAGAAUCUUUUUGUGACUUAAACUGCUACUUUCAAGUCUUCUUUCGCUUAUAUGUAGUCGCUUAUUUUGAUCCGCAUUAUAAUAUUACAUGAUGGUUUUGCACACUUUUCUGCACUCUCAACUACUAAACACUCAUGCCUUUGUGGUGUUUGAAACCUCAUCAGACUAUGUAGUUUGAGUUAAAAGCUGCUUAGCAUGUAUAAUAUGUAUUAUUAAGUGGAGGAGUUUAACAACUAA